AGGGCACGAACUGCAAAGCUCACAGAGAAAACGGCAGCUCAGUCACGGAGGUGUUGUCCGUCUUCAAACAAAAAGCCAACAACAACGACAACGAGAUUUGCCAUGACCCUUCCAGCAGCGUCAGCCCCGCUGUCGUGUCUGGACGUGGACUUGAUUUUGAAGGAAGAAGAGUUGCAGGAGGAUCUGCUGCGUGUCUACUACACUAUUGUCACACGCCAAGAGGACUACAAUGCGCAUCUCAAGUUCUCUGAAUCCAUUCUGCACACGGUGGAGCAACUGGCAGAGCGAGUGGAGGCGGUGGUGGUGGGGCAGCAAGCGCAGCAGCCUUCAGCGUUAGCGCCGUCGUACCCCUCUUCACACGACGCACCGAAGCAGCCGCGCACGUAUUAG